AUGUCGGUCAACAAGAGCAUAGCGACCCUCGACUCGUUCCUGUGUCGGGAGGUGAAGUCCAAACGCAAGUCGCGGCACCGCGGCACGGAUGCGCAAAGCUCAUCCGACCGCGCCAGCCCGCAGUUCACAACACCAGCCUCUUCGUCCGCUGCGUCCUCUCCCAGCAAGCUGUCGUCAGCCACGCCAGGGGCCUCGGACGCCGCCAGUGUCCCAGCAACGAAACGGCCCGACCUUGAUGACGAGCAAGCGGCGAGCACCAAGCCCGAUGCAUCCCGCACGCUGCGGUUCGCCGCCGAUGCCCCACCCACGGCCGUCACGGACAAUGCGGAGAUUGUUGUGAUUCGAUCGUCCUCAUCCUCCUCCUCCUCCUCGUCGACAUCGGCAUCUUCCUCGCAGCACGAGGCCAACGUUGAUGACGACGCAUCGACGGAGCAGAACCAGCCGCAGGACAAACAGGGCGGGGCCGAGACCACCUCUGCUGGCGAUGGAAGCAGCAACAACCAGCAGGGCAAGAGCGUUGUCGACAAGGACCACAACAGCGGUGAGUGCGGUGAUGCCGGUGGCGAUGGCGACGAUGACGGCGACAACAGCAGUGGCCGUGAUGAUCAAGGCAAAGGCGGUGCUGGUGGUAACGGCGAUGCUGGCGAGAGUGACAGCAGCAGGAACACAAGUAUCGAUCAAGGCGACGACGACGACGACGAUAAAGAUGACGAUGAAGAGAAUGACGACGACAACGACGAGAAAGAGAAUGAUGCAGCGACACAUGCCAACGUCACAACAACACAGCAUGACACGAGCGCCAACGACACCGAGACCGAGACCAAGAACAAGGCCAUGGGGCCCGGCGACGACAAGCAGGCCGCAGCAACAGAAGUGGCCAGCGGCGCAACAGCGGGCAAGGCACCCGCGACAAGCGAUGGGUGUGCGUGGACGCACCACCUGAGCCCCGAUGGCCUGGACUACUACUACAACCACAUCACGAAGCAGUCGGUGUGGACGCGGCCCGAGGAACUGGGCGGGCCAAGCAGCGACGACGAUGAUGAUGACGACGACGAAAAUGACGAGGAUGAUGAGGAUGAUGGUGAUGGCAAUGAUGAAAGCGAUGAGGAUGAAAGUGAUGAGGAGGGUGACGACAGCGAUGACAACGCCAGCGACAAUGAGGAUGAUGGCCAAGAUGUUGUGGAGGUCGACACGACCACUGGGGCUAAGAAUUCCCCCAAGAAGGCGAAGAAGACGGGCGACGACAGUGCAGUGUCUGGCGCAACACGAAAGCAGCCGCGACGGACGGCACAGCGCAACAGGACAAAGACGAACGCCAAGGCCGACGAACAGGCAUCAGCAGCCAGCUCAACAAAGGCGUCUGUCACGCCAACACGAUCCUCCACCAGCAGCAAGUCGAAGCGCGCGAAGCUGAGUGCGGAGGAGAAGGAGCGGCGAGCAAAAGCAAAGCAGGAGGACCGCGAGCGAAAGAAGCGGGAAAAGGAGGAAGCAAAGCGUCGUGCCCGCGAAGAGAGGGAGGCGCUGCGGCUGAAGAAGCAGAAGGAAAAGGAGGAAGAGAAGAGGAAAAAGGAAGAAGAGAAGAGGAAGAAGGAAGAAGAGCGGAAGCGGAAGAAGGAAGAGGCAGAGCGCUUGAAGGAGGAACAGCGUCUGCAGCGGGAGGAGGAGAAGAAGAAGAAGGAAGAAGAGAGGAAGCGGAAGAAGGAAGAGGCAGAGCGGCUGAAGGAGGAACAGCGUCUGCAGCGCGAAGAAGAGAAACGCAAGCGCGAGGAAGAGAAGCGGCGCAAGAAGGAGGAGGCAGAACAGGAGCGCAAACGCAAGGAGGAAGAGCGACAGGCGCUGGAGGAAAAGAAAAAGCGCCCCGUGAAGAUGAUGCAGUCUUUUAUGGCGUCGUUUCUUGAGAACAACAAGCCCGAAACGCCGGAAAAGGCAGAGCCCGUUGCCCUCAACACCUCCGUCAACAGAUUUGACCCGUUUGUUGUGCUGCAGGACAUGACGCUGGCACCAACGCACCGCCUGCCCGAAGCGCAGCAGCCAUCACGCGAUGUUGUGGACGCCCGGCUCCAGGGCCCGCUCUCUGGCGACCAGGCCAUGUGCGAGCACGCGUCGGACCUGCGGGAGGAGCUGACGUUGCGGUGGAAGACUGCGCCGAAACGCUACCGCGACGUGGACACGAAGAAGCACGCGUACAUUAUGCAUGCAGGCACACAGCAGUUUGAGCGCGUGAAACUUCUUCAGUUCUGGGAAGAUGUCCGCCCGCCGCUGUGGGGCACAUGGACCCGAUCCUCUGCUGCCGUCACACCCCGAUGCCCAUGUCAGUCGUGCAUUGCGCUGGACGUGGGCCUGUGUUGGUGCAUUGCCCUGGACGUGGGCCUGUUUGGCAAGGACACGCGCGUGCUCGACUAUGACCACGACAGCGAGGCAGAGUGGGAGCCGGAACCUGAGGACGCUGAUGAGUGCAAUAGCGACGACGACCAGGCCGACGACAACGACGAGGAUGCAGACGACGAGGAUGGUGACGCUGAUGGCUGGCUCGUCCCGCACGGCUACCUCUCCGAGGGCGAGGGUGCUGCUUCGAGCGACGAAGACGACGAAGAAGACGUUGAUGGCGACUAUGACACGCGCGGACAACGUGAUGUGUGCAUUGGCGGUGAGCAUCCAAUUGAUGCCGAGCUUGCUGAACGGGAGCGCCGCCGCCUUCGCAAAGCCGUUCGCCACUACCUCGAACCCACGGAGGACGCUGAUCUCCUGAACCAGGAGGCGUUCUGCUACGGUCUGCUGUGGGACGAUGACGCAGCGCAGCACGAGGUCUUGGCUGAUUUCACCGCUGUUCCUCUUCUUCCACUCCCCAUCGACCCGUUUGAGGCGCCCCAGGUGACACCAAAGGUUGUUGCACGCAAGACAGCCAUGCAGGACAACCUCAUCCCAGAUUUGAUCAAGUUCAUCCACGGCACGACGCGUGGCAAGAAGAUUAUUGCUGAGCACUUUGCGGGCCUGGCUGACGGGCAGACGAAGAAUGCGGUGCUGCGACAGCUGAACGACCGCUCGUUUGUGACAAAGGAGAUUCGCGCACCGUACACGCGUCCACGAUGGUUUGUGCACCCGGACGCGCUCGCACAGCACAAGCUGGAGGACUUACCGCUUCCACCGCCGCCGGCGGAGAAGACAGACAAGGCAGAUGCCAGCAAUAGCGGGAGUGGAGGCGAUGGCAGUAAGGCAGACGGCGGCAAGAGUACAGGCGGGGAUGGUAAUGGGAAGAAGAACAAGGCGGCAGCAACGGCAGCGGCAGCGAAGACAAAGGCAAGCAAGAAGAAGAAGAAGCGAGUGACACCAAAGCUGGCCAAUGGCGGUGAUGCGGAAGGGGAGAACAACAACAGCAACAGCAGCAAGAAAAAGGCUGCAAAGAAGUCGAAGAGCGACGAUAAGGGCGAACAGCAGAAGGUGAAGCGCAAGCGGAAGAAGAAGCCAGUGGCUCCAGCUGCAAAGGAUGAUGAUGAUGAUGAUGAUGAUGACGAUGGCAAGAACAACAGUGGGGGUGCAAAGACAAAGAAGGCAACGAAGAAGAAGAAGAAGAAGCAGCUGAGGCAGAAGCCAACGGCAUCAGCUGACGCACACUCUGACUCCACUGAUGAUGACGGCAACAACUCGCCCAAGAAAGCCAAAGCCAACGGGGUUGUCAAGGGCCGAAGUGACAUUAAGUCGAUUCCAACAAUCUUUCAACUGAUGGCGGCGGGCACUGGCGCGAACUCGAACAAGCCCACACACAAGGACUCGACGCAGGGGAAGACGGAGCAGCAGGAGAAGCAGGCUGUUGGCAGUGACAUGCACAGCGAUGGUGUUGAUGCUGCACAGGCCAAGGGCAGCGACAAUGACAGCACAAGCAAGCGCAGCAUCGACGCACAGGCUGACAACAACAACGACGACAGCAAGAGUGUUGCCACCCCUUGCUCUCCUGCUGCAACGCGUGAAACACAACCAGCAGCAACAGCAACAGCAGAAAACACGCCCACCGUUAUCACCACACAACCGACAGAAAGCGGCGCAAACACCAGCAGCGUCUCACGCACCCUUGCCGAAGAAAGGACACCAGAGGCAGGUGAUACCGCUGAUCGCAAGGCGAUGGACGUGAGGGAAGAUGGUGAUGGUGAUGGUGAUGGUGAUGGUGAUGGUGAGAAGCUGAGGUGUGGGCUGAAUUGCAAAGUUACGGUCGCAGAGGACCAACGGGAAGGAGAAGGAGCGACGAGGGAAGCGAGAGGAAGCGAAGAGCAACGGUGAUGGUGACCAGGAAUCGUGACUGUGUGCCAGCUGGCAUUGUUCCCUUGUUACAUUACAUGUGGCGCUACGUGACGAACUGUGUUAUGGUUGUGUUAUGGCUGUGCUUGGGUUGUGUGCGCGUGUGUGCGGUCGGGCGAAUGCGAGUGGGUGGUUGGUUGCGUGUGUGCGUAUGUGCGCGAGUGGCAUGAACGUUAUAUUCACGUUGUUGUUGUGGAAGUUGUGUUGUGUGUGUGUGCCCUUUGACAGUACCUUCUUCAUCAGUACAACAGCAACGCUGUUCCGUUCGUGUUGGUUUGACCGUUGUAAUCAUUCUUUCAAGCAAGCCAACAACAACAAGAAAAGCAGAACAAGCACA